ACACGAAGUCUCUUCAUCCCUGAGAAGCAGAGAGAUAGAUACAAAGCGCUGCCAGAACUACCAGAAUGGCAUCGAGUCAUCAACAUCAAAGGCCAUAGGAUCAAAGAAAUCAGGAAAAAUCGUCCGGCAUCGUACCUCGCACUCGACGCGCUCAAAGACUGCAUCACCCGAUGUGAGGCGGAGAAGGACCCAAGCCGACGAAAGAAACUUUACGACGAGCUACGUCACCACGUGCACAAGGCGCAAACCGUGUUGAAGGUUAACCAGUACAUAGUGAGGGACACUAGGAUAUUGACCCUAGAAAAUGGACUGUGUAGGAUUUUCAGGGGGGACGCGAAGUUUCCUAGUGAUCUGAAGGCUGAUGCAUUUCAGCUGUACAGCCUUUGGUGUCAUGAGGUCUUUGAACAAGAUAUUCUCCGCGGCAUCAUUACUGUCAAGGGAAGAGAUCGCGGCGCCGACCGGCUCGAUCAAGCAUACAAAAGCAAGCAUCCUGCUAGCCCCAAGUUCUACGGUGAGGGUGAUCUCGUGCUUGGUCAUUGGUGGCCUUCGCAACUUUGCACUGUCCGCGACGGCGCGCACGGCGCGACACAAGGAGGCAUCUUUGGCGAAAAGGAUAAAGGCGCCUACAGUAUCGUGCUCUCGGGCGGCGGCGGUUAUCAUGACCAUGACGAUGGUGAUACCAUUGAAUACAGCGGCACCGAGGGAAAGAAUGGCAAAGCGUCUGAGAACACGCAACAUCUCAUCAAAUCUCGCGACCUCCAAAACGAGAUCCGCGUUAUUCGGUCUUCCCAGCUAGUGAAGACGAAUAGAUACCGGCCCAAGUGUGGGCUGCGGUACGAUGGUUUGUACAAGGUCACGGACUAUUGGUUAGUGAAUCAAGAGAAGCAGAUGUAUCGCUUCAAGCUCGAGCGCUGCCCAGGCCAGGACCCGAUACGCUGUAAAGGCAGUGGUGCAGAGCGCCCCACCAGUUUCGAAGUAGAAGCAUAUGAAGACUUGAAGAAG